AGCCCCCUAAUCGGUGCAGUGUGGAACGGGCACGCAGACAUGGUUCGACUCUUGCUGCGUGCCGGCGCUUUCCUCGAUGCUAAAACCAGCACUGGCAUGACAGCGCUCCAUUACGCCGUCCUAUCCCAGAACGAAGAAGUCACAACAACACUGCUCGCACACGAUCCGCUCGUAGACGCCCUCGAUGACAGCGAAUUUACACCCCUCCAACUCGCCGUCCGCGAAGGCAACAUCCUCGCCGCCCGAGUCCUCAUCGAAGCCGGCGCGGACCUCGAACUCCAAACCAAAGCGGCCCCGACCCCGCUCCUCUACGCA